AUGAGGAGACUUGUUGAAUAUGCUGAUGCUAGGAAUGGUCCACUUGAGCCUUGUCAAACUCGACAUGUCAGGUCUUAUAUAUCUUUCAACCCACAGAAAAAGGAUACUCCAGCAAAGUAUGUAAACUCUCUUGUUAGCAAAAUGGGAAAAGGGCUCGGCUUGCUGAGGGUUCUUGAUUUGGAGGGAGUCUACAAUCCUAACUUGCCCGACAACCUAGGCGACUUGUUCCAUUUGAGGUAUUUGGGAUUGAGAUGGACUUUCUUGGACAAGCUUCCUAAAUCAGUUGGUGAACUCCCUUAUCUCCAAACGUUAGACUUGAAGCAUACACGUAUAGACAAGAUCCCGACCACCAUUUGGAAACUGAAGAAUCUCCAGCAUCUCAAUCUUGAUGAAGUCCAUCUAGACAAGGAUGCGCCUCUGCGUUGCCGAGAAUCAUUGCCUGAUCUCCUGACACUUUGGGGAUUAUCAGUCAGCCACGAGAGCCCGAUCAAAAAUGGUUUGAGCAAGAUGAAACACCUGAGAGAAUUAGGCAUUACUUUCCAAGACAGAGGUCAAGGCCAAUCUACAGAAGCUUUGGUGAAGUGGAUUUCUGAUCUGAAGGAUCUUCAAUCAUUGAGGUUGCGAUCCAAAGAUGAUUGUGGGAAACCUUCGAGAUCUUAG